CCUUAGGAAUAAGACUGAGGGUCCUUCUAGCCAAUUAAGUCCUCGUACCCUAAAUCUCCACCAAUGACACGCUAGCAGGAGGCGAGGUCUUCACAUGGGAGUCAGUUUGCAUCGAAAAGUAGUUGGAGUUGAGGGAAAAUGGAAAAAUGAUAAAGUUAUAAACUUAAAAGUUCAUGCGGUAUUUGUGAUUGAAUUGAUGUAUUAAACCCCUUCUGUGGAACGUUGGAAAAUACGCUCUAAUUCACGCUCUAAGAUCUCAAAAUGGGAUAUGUAUGGGUCUAGUGGACUUCCAAAAGGCUGCUGAGUAAUUCUGUGCCCAGAAGAAGAGCACCCAUCAUGGACGUGGAAGAGUUCCCUCCCCCUCCUCCUGAAAUGUUGGCAGAGGACGUGCCCUUUGCUGAUGAAGAUGAUGGAGAGGCCUUCGAGUUUGACGACAGCGGCGAUGACGCCCCCGAAGCCGACCGCCCUCCCCCCGCCCCUCCAGCCCCCGACUACGCAGCAGAAAGCCAGCUCAACGGCAUGGCGCCCCAGCCAGAGGGCCCAUCCUCCGACGCUGACCCCCCAGUCCCGGCCGUCCCUACGGCCGACCCAGUCGCCCCGUCAGCGGAAGCAGCCACUCCUGUUGCUCCUGACGCAGCUAGCACAGCAGUGGCCGAAGAGGCUGUCUCUGUGGCUGUCACAGGGACACAUGACAUAGACACUGACUUACCCCCGCCCCCUGAAGAGGCCAGGACCCCCACGACAGACUCUGGCACCACAGACCAGGAAGUACCCAGCGACGACCCUCCCCCACCCUCGGCCUCCCCCAGGACCACCUCCCAGGGGAAGGUCAACCCCUACUCCGUGAUUGACAUCACCGCCCUCCAAUUACAGCAAAUCCAGCACGGACCCGCCCCUUCCCCUCCCUCCCCAGCAGAAAAGGAGGAGGAAGGGGCGCAGGAUGUCCCCGCCAGCCCCACUGCCCCCCCGGGAUACUCGGUGCCUGUACCCUGCGGCUACGCCACGCCCUCCAACGUGCCCCUGAUUACGCCAGCCUACACCACGCCCGUCAUCAUCCGCCACUUCUCCAUGGAUGAGGAAGUCACUGUGGUUGGGACAGGCAACGCUUCAGUCGACAGUGUUUUUAGUGAAGACAAUCCCCCCAUAAGAGAGGAAGAUGCCUUGACCAAAUGGGUGUCUGAUCCUGCCAACACAGCAUGGAUGGAAAAUCCAGACGAAGUGAUUUACGAUGACGUGCCCCGUGAGAACUCCGACUCCAACACAGAUCCAGAUGAGAUGAUCUACGAUGACGUGGAGCUGGGCGAGCAGGGAUGUGGAAGUUCCCUGGACAACGGCUGGAGCUCCAGCGAGUUUGAGAGUUACGACGAGGCCAGCGACGGCGAGGGGCGGGGCGAGAACGGCCUGCCGGACGCCUUCAUGAGAGGGAAGCCACCCCAGAGGAAGACCCAUCUCUCUCAAGAUCUGACUCGCUUGAAAGAACACUAUGAGAAAAAGAUGAAAGAUCUUAUGGCAAAUACAGUGGGAACGGUAGAGCUGCAGCAGCUUAAACAGAAACAGGAGCAGAAGAUGCAGAAACUGGUCAAGGCGGCUCGAGACGGGACCAAAGACGGACUGGAGAAGACCAAAGCUGCUGUGAAGAAGGGCCGUUCGUACAUCAAGACCAAGUCCUUCUGUCAUGAAAGGAAGUCUGCCUGCUAUGACGAUGAUGAGGCCGACCUCUUCAUCGAGGUGGACUGUAUCAACGUGGAGCCAGUGCUUGGUCCUGUCCCCCAGGGUCUCUCUCAGCAGCAGGUGGUGAGAAGAUGCAUACUGGGGUCGAUACUGGAAAGUGAGAAGAAUUAUCUUGAUGCGCUAAAGCGGAUUUUAGAGCAAUAUGAAAAGCCCCUGUCGGAGAUUGAGCCGCGGCUGCUGAGCGACAGGAAGCUGAAGAUGACCUUCUACCGCAUCAGGGAGAUCCUUCAGAGCCACGCCCUCUUCCAGAUUGCAUUAGCGAGCCGCGUGGCAGAAUGGGACAGCCUGGAGAUGAUCGGAGAUGUAUUUGUAGCCUCGUUCUCCAAGUCCAUGGUGCUUGAUGCCUACAGUGAGUACGUGAACAACUUCAGCACGGCCAUGACUGUGGUCAGGAAGACCUGUGCCUCCAAACCCAGCUUCCUGGAGUUCCUCAAGCAUCGUCAGGAGUCCAGCAGUGACCGGGUCACUCUCUACGGCAUGAUGAUGAAGCCCAUCCAGAGGUUCCCUCAGUUCAUUCUGCUCCUACAGGACAUGCUAAAGAACACUCCGGUGGGCCACGCUGACCGGCUGCCCCUGCAGAUGGCGCUGACCGAGCUGGAGACGCUGGCCGACAAGCUCAACGAGAAGAAGAGGGAGGCCGACCAGCGCUGCGAGAUCCGACACAUCGCUAAGGCCGUCAACGAGCGCUACCUCAACAAGCUUCUGAGCAACGGCAGCCGCUACCUGAUUCGCUCGGACGACAUGGUGGAGACGGUCUACAACGACCGCGGUGAGGUCAUCAAGACCAAGGAGCGCCGCCUCUUUCUGCUCAAUGAUGUGCUCAUGUGUGCCACGCCCAUCAUCCGGUGUGGUCAGGAUGCCGGCAGUGGGAGUGGCAGCGUGGGGGCCGCGGGGGGCAGCACCCCCCAGGGUCAGAAGUUUGUGCUGAAGUGGAGCGUGCCCCUGAGCUUCGUGGACGUGGUGGAGUUUGGCUCCAGUGACGACAUGGUGGACGCCAGCCGCUUCCCUGCCCCACACUCUGGAGAGAAGGUGGUCAUCAACGCCAAACCAAGUAAGAUGUACAUGGGUCCUGGUCAGCUGUACCAAGACCUGCAGAACCUCAUCCACGACCUCAGCCUGGUCAACCAGAUCUCCAGCAUGAUCGGCAGCCUGAAGGGCAACUACCAGAACGUGAACCCCACGGUGGCCCAUGACUGGGUCUCGGGUCUCCAGCGCCUCAUUCUGAAGAAGGAGGAGGAGAUCAGGGCUGCUGACCGAUGCAGGAUCCAGCUCCAGCUGCCUGGCAAACAUGACAAGUCUGGGAAACCCACAUACUUCACUGCAGUGUUCAAUACCUUCAGCCCAUCCAUCAAGCAGUCCUGGAUCAGUAACCUGCAGAUGGCCAAGCUGGCGCUAGAGGAGGACAACAUGCAGGGAUGGUUCUUUGCGGAGGACGAUGGCAAUCAGAUCAAGAAACAGAAGCACCCCCUCCUGCUGAGUCAGAUGCCCGUGGUCAUGUCCAAGCUGCAGGAGUUCAAGGUGGAGUGUGCUGUCCACAACCCAGAGCCCCACAUCAACACAGACAGCACGGCAGACACACCUGCACUGGGCCACGGCUGUGUGUGGGUGGCGAGCUGCACCAAUCAGAUGGGCCAGAUAGCCAUUGUUGCCAUGCAGAACUCCAGCCCUAAGGUGACUGAGUGUUUCAACGUGGAGUCUCGUAUCCUAUGCAUGGCCUACGUUCCCAUGGAGCAGCCCCUGGAAAAUGGGGAGGGAGCCCCCGAGGGCAACCCCCCGUCCCCGGGGAAGGGCAGCAGUGACAGCCCUACUGUGUGCCUGGGGAUGGAGGAGGGCAGCAUCAUCGUGUAUAGGAGCAGCCAGAGGUCUAAGAAGGUGCGGCUGCAGCACUUCUUCACCCCAGACAAGUCCACCGUCACCAGCCUCGUCUACAAGAGACACUGCCUCUACGCUGGCCUGGUCAGCGGGUCAGUGGCCGUCUACUCCCGAGCACAAGACGGUUCCUGGAGCCCCGAGGGACCCAGGGUGCUGCCGCUGGGGGUGCUGCCUGUGAAGGCCCUGCUAGCCAUGGAGGACCACAUCUGGGCCUCCUCUGGAGGACAGGUGUUCAUCAUCAGCACCGACACACACACCGUAGAGAGGCAGUUGGAGGCCCACCAGGAGGAGGGUAUGGUGGUGUCCCACAUGGUGGUGGCUGGGGUCGGCAUCUGGAUCUCCUUCAGCUCAGGCUCCACCCUGCGUCUGUUCCACACGGAGACCCUGGAGCACCUGCAGGACAUCAACAUAGCCACCCCCGUGCACAACAUCCUCUCUGGAACCCAGAGGGUGUCUGUGAGCAGUCUGCUGGUGUGUCAUGGUCUGCUCCUGGUGGGGACCAACCUUGGGGUGACAGUUGGCCUCUCUGUCCCCAGACUACAGGGUAUCCCUAAAGUCACAGGCCGAGGCAUGGUCUCUUUCCAUGCUCACCAUGGCCCUGUCAAGUUCCUCACCAUGGCAGCCGCUGUGAGCAACCGGCCCUGUGGCAGCCCCCUCACCAACCCUCCCACCCAGCCAGCAGAGGCCCUGGAUGGAGAGAAGACCCAGGCCACCUCUCCACCUCCAGCCUCAACCUCCACUCCCCCCCAGGGUAGAGGCAUGUGGCUGGGGGAGGCAGGCUGCACCAGCAUGGCUCUCCAGGACUCCCUCUCGUCGUCAUGCGGCUCGCUGGCCCUCUCCCAGGGCUCCCUGGAGCACGGGCCAGAAGACGGUGCCCUCUACGAUCUGCUCAACGACCCCGCCCACUCCCAGAGGGGCCGGCGGGCCCAGAAGGUGGACGUGAGCUCUCUGCUGGUGGUGUCAGGGGGGCUCGGCCACCGCAGGGUUAACAAAAAGACCAAACAGUCGCGCCAGGAAGAGACGGUGUCCACCAUCAUGGUGUGGCAGAUCCCCCUGCUCAACAUGUGAGACACAGGAAGCCCCCGACCAAGGGUGAAGGCUGGGAGGAUGUAGUGCUGCAGUUCCUUACUUGAAGUCAGUCGACAAACACUCCAAAGGAUGUCUUUGAUGAUGAUUCUCUACACGUUGGACAAGUCAACCCUUCUCUCUCUCUUACAGUGGCAAACACUUCAAUAUGCAUUCCUUAACUGGUUCUAAUGGCAUCUUACACCAAGGGACCUAUCUUGGCAUUUCCACAAGGUAACAAGGGAUCAAUAUAACCACUCAGUCAUGACGUCUCCCAUCGCUUACAGACCAUUUCUGGACAAUUCACACCCUAGAGGAAAGAUAAUGGGUCCAGCGAAGAUUUAUCUGUAGAAAAACCACUGAAUUGUCCUUAAAAGAAUAUAUAUUUCAGUUUUUUUCCUUUAUCCUUUGCAACAAUAAUAUGUCUAAUAUAUUAGUUUUGGGUUAGUAUAGGACAGUACACAAAUGGACAUGGUUCAGUCUUGAUUCAACACUAUUACAUACACAGACUGCAAACAUUAAAAUGUUCUUGUUGGGAAAGGAUAGCUGACACACCAAUAAGGACACUCCCUCAUUGUUUUGAUUAACCCUAUGAUGAAACUCCCACUAAGUAAUAUCCAUUUUGCAAGUCAAUAUUCUAUGACUUGGGUCAGUGUGUUAAAUGUAUUCUGCAAGAGGGAGAAGUCCUUUGUUUGUGAUGAUGUUCUUAUUUCGGUGGUACACUGAAGCUACUACGUUGUCCUUCUAGAUGAUGGAGGAAGGAGAUGGAGAAAUAAAUGUUGGAAACUUUGUUGGAGAGGUAAAAUAGGGAUUCCUGGCUGGCCAGGUUUCCUACUGAUAUGAAAAUCAAGGGAAAGUUUCUAAUCGUGAUCAGAUAAAAUAAGGGCAUUGAUUUGUUAAUUGCCCGAUUACAUUUUCUUACUAAAGGUAUUUAAAAGUUUGAUAAAAAGCUUUAUACUUUUGUCAUGUUUUGUAUGUACUUCUGUUCUGUAUAUUAACAAAUCUAUAAACAUGUUUUAUUCCAAAUUA